UGAAAGCCAGCUGAGCAAUCUUUAGGUGAAAUUAGAAGUCAAAGAAAUAUUUUUGCAACCCAUAAAUUAUCCUGUUUUACUAUUCUAGAUAUUGUUCUUAAUAUUUUCUUGCCGUGCUGGUGUAGUAUUUACUGAUUGUGAGUACAAUGUCAGCGCAGACGGAGAGUGCUGAGGGGAAACGGCUGCAGAUUGAUUUACAACGUAAGGAUAACUGGAAACGUUGGGGACCGUACUUGUCGGAUCGGCAAUGGGGAACUGUUCGGGAAGAUUACAGUCCCCACGGUGAAUGUUGGGAUUACUUUUCCCAUGACCAAGCCCGUUCGCGUGCGUACCGCUGGGGCGAGGAUGGGCUGCUUGGGAUCUGUGAUCGGGAAUGUCGAUUGUGCUUCUCUUUUGCGCUGUGGAAUGGGAAGGAUCCCAUUCUCAAGGAGCGACUGUAUGGUUUGACAGGAUCUCAAGGCAAUCAUGGAGAAGAUGUUAAGGAAUUGUAUUAUUACUUGGACGCUACUCCCACCACCUCCUAUGCGAAGGGCUUGUACAAGUAUCCCCAGUCGGCUUUCCCUUAUGAACAAAUUAAUGUGGAAGGAGGAAGACGUGGGAAAUUCGAAUUGGAGUAUGAGCUUGAGGAUUCUGGUGUUUUCGAUCAAAAUCGUUACUGGGACGUGGAAUUCGAGUACGCGAAAAAUACCUCCCAAGAUAUUCUGUGCCGUUUAACUCUUCACAAUCGCGGUUCAGAGGAAGCCACCAUCCACGUUCUGCCGACACUGUGGUUCCGCAACACAUGGAUUUGGGGAUGCAAGCACGAAGGCUGCACUACCAUGCCCCGCAUCAGUCAGGCACCGAAUGGCGAAUGGAAGGUGACCACGAAACACGACACUCUGGAACCGUACGUGUGCGAAUGGGAGACGCUUUCGGAUUCAACAGGUUCUGCGGAACUGCUCUUCACGCACAACGAGACCAACACGAAGAAACUGUACGAUGUGGAUAGUCAUACACCGUACGUUAAGGAUGCCUUCCAUCGCUAUGUGGUUGACGGCGAGAAAGAAGCCGUCAAUCCGAAACAUUACGGAACCAAAGUUACAGCGCAUUAUGCUCUGACGGUGCCUGCCGGUGGAAAGAAAGUUGUGCGAGUGCGGUUAUACCAACACGACCAUGCUCCAAAGGGCAAAGCUUUUGCGGAUUUUGAUGCCGUGAUUGAUUUGCGUAAAAAGGAGGCCGAUGAAUUUUACGGAAUGGUGCAAGCCCAAUCGUUGGAUAAGGAGUUGAAAAAUAUCCAGCGGCAAGCUUACGCGGGAAUGCUGUGGGGACGGCAGUUCUACCAUUACAUUAUCACCGACUGGCUGCAUGGAGAUCCGGACCAGCCCAAGCCACCGGCGUCACGCUUAAAUGGACGAAACGCCGAUUGGGUUCAUCUCUACAACCGGGAUAUCAUCACGAUGCCGGACAAGUGGGAAUAUCCCUGGUAUGCCUGUUGGGAUUUGGCGUUCCACACCCUGACAUUGGCCAAUGUGGAUUACGAAUACGCCAAGAGUCAGUUGUGCCUGUUUUUGCGCGAAUGGUACAUGCACCCGAACGGACAGAUCCCGGCCUACGAAUUCGCCUUCGGCGACGUCAAUCCACCUGUUCACUGCUUUGCCGCACUGCGUCUGUUUCUCUCACAUCAGAACAAAACCCCCUCGGACACCGACUACGCCUUUCUGGAGUCGUGUUUCCACAAGCUGAUUGUCAACUUCACUUGGUGGGUGAACCGGAAGGAUCCCCACGGGAAAAACCUCUUUGCCGGCGGUUUCCUGGGUCUGGAUAAUAUUGGGGUGUUUGACCGGUCAAAACCUUUACCGCCCGGGAUGCAGCUGGAGCAGGCCGAUGGAACGGCGUGGAUGGCCUUCUACUGUGUGACCAUGCUGAAUGCCGCCGUGGAGUUGGCCAUGAAGGAUCCGGUGUAUGAGGAUAUGGCCAGUAAAUUCUUCGAGCACUGCGUGCUGAUUAUCGACGCGAUUAAUAACUUCAGUUCGUGUGGUUUGUGGCAUGAGGCAGAUGGGUUUUACUAUGACCAUCUGACUACCGAUGGGCAUUCGGUGCCGAUGCGGAUCCGUUCGUUGGUGGGAUUGGUACCAUUGUUUAGUGUGCUGGUGUUGGAGGAAGAGACUAUGUCGAAGCUGAAAGGGUUUGCGAAGCGGACCAAGUGGUUUUUAGAUAAUCGACAGGACUUGAAAGAAACGGUGUCAUUUCUUCUCCAAGACACGAAACACGGGAAGAAAGUUCUUUUGGCCAUUCCCACCCAAGCGCAACUGCAGCGCUUGCUGACGUAUGUUUUUGAUGAAGAGGAAUUUCUCAGCCCAUAUGGAAUCCGCUCUCUGUCCAAAUUCCACGAGAAGAACCCGUUCAGCUAUGAUUUGUGUGGAGAGGAACUGCGCGCCGAAUACUGUCCCGGAGAAUCGACGUCAUACCUGUUCGGUGGCAACAGUAAUUGGCGCGGUCCAAUUUGGUUUCCGAUGAAUUUCUUGAUUGUUCAAAGUUUGCUUCGCUUCGAUUAUUACUACGGAGAGGACCUAAAAGUUGAAGUGCCGACUCGAUCAGGAAACUGGAUGCGUUUGAAGGAUGCGGCAAAUGAAAUAUGUCAGCGCUUGGUGAAGAUUUUCUUGCCAGAUGAAAAGGGCUUCCGUCCUGCACAUGGUACGGAUUUACGGCUGUCGGAGAAGUACGCAAAAGACCCGAAUUUUAAAGAUUUGGUGCUGUUUUAUGAAUAUUUUCACGGUGACAAUGGGCGAGGUUGUGGAGCCAGCCAUCAAACUGGAUGGACUGGCUUAAUUGCCAAUUGCAUUGAGAUGCUCGCUGGUACUGGACAUGUCGGUAUAAAUCGUCCCGGUUGAUUGGAACUCGGUUUUGCAUGCUAAUGCUCCAGGAAAGAGGGCAUAAUUUCGGAUGGAAGUGUUUUUGAGCAGAUGCUUUUAAAUUAUGAUAAUUAUUUCAGUUACCUAUUUAUUCAGAUGCUUAAUUGAGGGAUUUCUUGAAGGGUUGACUUGUUUCACAGUCAAAUACGAGAUGCAAUGUCGGCGGCUAAUACGAGAUGCAUUAUCGGCUGGGUGAUGGUUUAGUGGGAGAAAUUUUUAAUGCUUUUAUGGUGUUUCAUUAUUUGUUUUCUUUGGUUUUGUUCUUUUCGGGUUCUAGAAUAAAUAUCUGGAAUAUUCAA